CUCUAUUGCGCUGCGCACUGCCGUGCGUUUAACCCAGGCGAGGAGGAGGAGGAGAAAAUUCCCCCAGAUCCGGGCAGGUCUGUCUGCCUUUUGGGCCCUGGACAACUACAAGCCUGGUGGAAAAGAGUAAAUUGCUUCUGCUCGCAGCAAGUUUCUACGUGUCCUGCUUGCCUUGCAGCCUCAGCAGAACUUUCAAGCCUGAGCUGAAGCACCUCACCUGGAGGUGCACACACCCCACUUGGGCACACCAGCUCCACACCCUGGAUCAGAGAAUUAUUCCAGCUGCAUCAUGAGCCGCGUUCGGGAUGCUGGCUGCGUAGCCGCUGGGAUUGUGAUCGGGGCCAGUGCCUGGUACUGUGUCUACAAAUAUGCCAGGGGAAGAAACCAGAUGAAGAAGAGACUGGCCAAGCCCAAGACCAGGGCUAUGGCUGGGACUGGAGCCAGGGUUAGAGCUGGACUAAGGGCUGGAUUCACAAUUGACCUUGGGCCCGGAUUCAGUCCUCCAACCCCAGUCCGCACUGGGGCAGAGGUCAGGGCCCAGGAUGAAGCCUCUGUUCUGGACAUGGCUGGAGCUGAAGCAGUGGCCCCAGCUGCAUCCAGUGCUGAGGCUCAGAGUGGGGCAGGAGGUCAGGCCCAGGAGGCAGAAGGGGCCAGGGUUGGCCCUAAAGCUGAAUCAGAAGCCACAGUGGCUUCUGCAAUGGCACCACCUCCCUGGGAGGCAGAGGCUUCUGGGGCUGCAGAGGCCCCCACAAUGGCAGAGGCUCCUAAAUUAGCAGAAGCCCCUGGCACAGCAAUGGCUGCCGGGGCACCAGUGGUGCCUCAUGGGGCGCCAGCUCCUACCGAAGCAGCACCGCCUACGGAGGUGGUGGAGGCUCCCAUACCAGCAACACCUACUGGGGUAGCAGCACCUUCUGGGGCAGCAGCACCUUCUGGGGUAGCAGCACCUUCCAGGGCAGCAGUAGCUUCCGGGGCUGCAGUGACUUCCGGGGCAGCAGCACCUACUGGGGCUGCAGAGGCUCCUGGGACUUCGGGGACCUCUAGAACAGCAGCAGCCACCAAGAAAGCAACCCCUGGGGCUCAUACUGGGGCUAUACCUAAGGCCGGGUCAGCUACUGGAGCUGUACCCAAAGGUGGAGCUAAGGGUGGAACCAGAUCCCGGACUGGAGGCAAGGGCAAGGGCAAGAAAAAUAAGGUGGAAGUAGAUGAAUUGGGGCUGGGCUUCCGCCCUGGAGAUGGGGCUGCAGCAGCUGCCGCAGCCUCCGCUAAUGGGGGACAGGCUUUCCUGGCAGAGGUUCCUGAUUCUGAGGAAGGGGAGUCUGGGUGGACGGACACAGAAUCGGAGUCAGACUCUGAACCUGAGACCCAGCAGAGAGGGAGAGGGAGGAGACCUGUCCCCAUGCAGAAGCGCCCCUUUCCUUAUGAAAUUGAUGAGAUUCUGGGUGUCCGAGAUCUCAGGAAAGUCCUUGCUUUGCUUCAGAAAUCAGAUGAUCCUUUCAUUCAACAGGUAGCUUUGCUCACUCUGAGCAACAAUGCCAAUUAUUCAUGCAACCAAGACACAAUUCGCAAAUUGGGAGGCCUCCCGAUUAUUGCAAACAUGAUCAACAAAACUGAUCCCCACAUUAAGGAAAAAGCCUUAAUGGCCAUGAAUAACCUGAGUGAGAAUUAUGAAAAUCAGGGCCGGCUUCAGGUAUACAUGAAUAAAGUAAUGGAUGACAUCAUGGCCUCUAACCUUAACUCAGCAGUACAAGUAGUUGGACUAAAAUUUUUAACAAACAUGACUAUUACUAAUGACUACCAGCACCUGCUUGUCAAUUCCAUUGCAAACUUCUUCCGUUUGUUAUCUCAGGGAGGUGGAAAAAUCAAGGUUGAGAUUUUGAAAAUACUUUCAAAUUUUGCUGAAAAUCCAGAUAUGUUAAAAAAACUGCUCAGUACCCAAGUGCCAUCAUCAUUUAGUUCCCUCUACAAUUCUUAUGUGGAAUCAGAAAUUCUUAUUAAUGCCUUGACUCUAUUUGAGAUCAUUUAUGACAAUCUCAGAGCAGAAGUAUUCAACUACCGAGAAUUCAACAAAGGCUCCCUUUUUUACUUAUGCACUACAUCUGGAGUGUGCGUUAAGAAAAUUCGAGCCUUAGCAGAUCACCAUGACCUCUUGGUGAAAGUGAAAGUUAUAAAACUAGUGGACAAAUUCUGAUUGGCUAUGUGCUCUCAAAGACUUGAAGAAACGUCUGGUUUUGCAGUCUGGAAACAAUGAAAAUUGAAAGUUACUGCUUUUCCACUCGCUUAUAUAGUAAAGGGAUCCUUUGAGCUGCCAGUUUUGAAUACUGUAUCAUCCAGAGUGAUGUUAUCUGUGACAGUCUCCAGCUUUAAGCUGAACUAUUUUAUGAAUACCAAAUAAAUAGUCCUCUUGUACUGAAAACACAUUUGUGACUUUAAUCAUGCUGCUUGAAUAGAAAUAUUUUUACUGAUUCCUCUAUGUGAAUUGACAGUGAACCUGUCCAACAUGAAUACCCUACACUUCUGUCAUCUGUUUUGACUUGAAUUUAUUCACCAAAGACUUCAUUUGUGUAUCAUUAAUAAAGUUGUAUGU